UGAUGUAUUGGCACCCCGUCCAGGGUGUACCCCGCCUUGUGCCCGAUGCUCCCUGGGAAAGGCUCCAGGUUCCCCACGACCCAGUAGGAUAAGCGGUAUAGAAGAUGGAUGAAUGGAUUUACUUAACCUAUAUAGUAAUAAAAUAGGGCAGCGUGGCUUAGUGGUUGUCACGUUUGCCUCACACCUCUGGGGGUCGGGGGCUCAAAUCCUGCCUCUGCCCUGUGUGCGUGGAGUUUGCGUAUUCACCCCCCUGCUUCGGGAGUUUCCUCCGGGUACUCCAGUUUUCUCCUCCAGUACAAAACGAUGCGCUGUAGGCUGAUUGGCAUUUCCAGCUUGUUCGUAGUGUGUGAAUGUGUGCGAUUGUGCCCUGUGAUGGGUUGGCGCGACCCUGUGUAGGAUAAGCGGCAUAGAAUAUGGAUGGCUGGAUAAUAUUAAAAUACAAUUAUUAAGUAUUUUCCACACCUGGCUGUGGGUAUAACUGCGUUCCACAAUAGCUUGUUAUGUAUCUUGAUCAAUGCAAACCAAUGUUCUAUUACGUCUAUAGACUAAACGGAAAAAGGCCUGUUCGAUUCAUUCUGGUUAGAGUCGACUCUCCUAAACGAAUCCAGAAAGAACCGACUCGUGAAUCUCUCAUCACCAGCACCAACAUCAUCUUCUGUCGAGGACAAAAGCGGCGCACCUGCGAGCUGGAGACGGAAAUGCAGAUGUGUUCAUCCUGAGAUCAUGCUGAUGUGUGACUCGAUCAGGAAUACGACUGGGAAUAUUUUCUCGCUCGGAAAGUGAACAAAACAAAGCUAAAAAAAAAAAAAAAAAAAAAAAAAAGGACGCGAAUAUGUUGUUGUUCUCAGCGCUCUUCCAUCAUCAGCUGGGCUUCCUGCUUCUCUUCCUCGCCAUCGCUCGCGCCUCUCAGAUUUCCGAUCUAAAGUCGAAACUGUCCGGUGUGGAGGAGCUGCUGGAGGAGUUCCGCAAGCAGCUGCAGCAGGAUGACUCGGAGCAGAGCGCGGAGGACGCGAGCGACGCGUGUGUGAGCGACUUCGACGCGGCGGAGGAGCGCAUCAUCCGCGCCAUGGCCUCCAUCGAGCGCGGCGCCACCUUCCUUUCGGCUCCGGGCCGCGUGUACAGCCGCCGGGACUGCGUGCGCGCCUGCUGCGCCGAGCCUCGCUGCACCACGGCCAUCGUCCAGGAGCAGCCGCAGCAGCCGGACAGCGGCGGGGGUCUGCGCUGCUACCUGUUCAACUGCACGUACGGCGGCGCGAGCGUCUGCGCCUUUUCGUUUCAGAGGGGCUUCAGCACGUUCAGCCGGGUCGCGCGCAACGUCAGCGCGUCCAGAGAGCGUCACCGGAGGCCUGUGGAGGAAGAUGAAGAUGGCGACUCGUCCAUGCGAGGGCUUGACGAACCCCCACGCAGCGAUGCCGGAAUGGACGUGGUGAUCCAGCUGCCUACGGACUGGGCCAUACUGGAUGGCAGGGACAGCAUGGAUGACCACGGUGUCAUACGUUACGAAUGGGCUCUCGUUAAAGGAGAUCCGUCAAUCAGCAUGAAGGUUACCCACCCGGGUCUGCUGAAGCUGAGCGGGCUCAGAGAGGGCGUCUACACUUUCCAGAUGACUGUCACUGAUACCAUCGGGCAGAGGAGUUCAGAUAACGUCUCCGUCACUGUCCUGGCACCUGAACACCACGCAGAAGUGUGUACUCAUCAUUGCUCGCCGUACCAGUUCAUGUGUGAUGACGGCUGCUGUAUCGACAUUAGCUACGCCUGCGACGGCAAACAGCACUGUCCUGAUCGCUCAGACGAAGACUUCUGCCGUAACUUCGACGGAGGCCGCAAGACGGUGACUCACACCUCCGGCGCUACGUCUCAGAUCGGAGGAGCCAGAGAAGCAGAGGGCCGAGCCAUGAUCCCUUCAGGACCACGUAAUCCUGAAACCCCCGUAGAGCCCAAACAACAAAAACAGCCUACGGUUGCCCAAGAUCCCUGCACGAUGCCCCCUGUGGUCGGUCCGUGUAAAGGCGUUUUCCCACGCUGGUACUACGACCCCACAGCCGGAGAGUGUAAACACUUCCUGUACAGCGGCUGCAAAGGGAACCACAACAACUUCCUGCAGCAGGCCGACUGUGCGAACGAGUGUAUCCAGAAACCUGCUCCAGGUGAUCGUCAGGCCACUGCAGCGCCUCCUCCCACAACACACACAAACACAGCUGCCAGGUCUUCCAGUACCGAAUCCAAAUCCAAGAAUUCUGCAUCUUUAUCCCAGAAUGCUCAGCCAGUAACUAAAGCUCAUACAGAACUCAGCGGACACUCGCCACCAGAGUCAGGCGCGAUCCUCGCCCUGGUUCUCGGGGUGAUUGUUAGCGCUCUGCUCUUGCUGAUGGUGGGCUGCAGGCUGCGUGUGCGACGUCACAGGAGGAAGAAAGCUCUGCCGCUCACCACCGAGGAAUCCGAUUACCUCAUCAACGGCAUGUACCUGUAGUGCAACAUCUGUAUAUCAUACUCACACACACACAUAUAUACAAAGAGCAGAGUGUACUUAUGUGUAUAUUUGGAGGGGAGAACCAUGAAUAUAACUAAAAAAUAUUAUAUAAUGUAGAAUAUCAGCUGCUACAUUGAGUCUGAGAAUUGAGAAUACAUCAUCGAACCCUUCUGAUAUGAAGCAACUUGGUUUUGAUAUUCGAUGUCUUAAUUUCACUGGAUGAGACAUGUGUCAAAAGAGUCAUAGCAGGAAU